AUGGCGCUUUUGCACUGCCCGUCUCGACCAACAGACAUUGACGACCUGAUCCGCCGCCUGACGAGCCCCGAGUGCAAUGCGGAAGAGUCCAAAGCAUUACAGGCGCUAGUGCAAGACAUGGUCGAAACCUUCCAGGAUGCGAAAAAAUCGACAUAUCUGAUCGAGGCGGCGAAGCUUGCUGGCCCGCAAAUCACGGACGUGACCCAGUACAAGCGUCUGAUGAUUGCCUUUUCCAACGCGAUUUUAGAAGAUACCUCGGACAACAACGUGCUUGAUGAGAUUCUCUUAAGAACCUAUGCUCUUGCGCUCCGCCGCAAGGCAGUCUUCUCGGCGGAUAGCCACAAUCUGGGCGCGGUACUUGAUAGUCUACACAAGCGACUGGACAAUGCGACCAUGGCGGCAGAGACAGAAAAGACUUAUCAUCUCCUUUGUAUGCUGGGUGUCGUGCUUGACGCCAUGGUUGACGUCGAAGUCACUGGGCUCGAUAGAGAGUCGCUGCAUGAGCCACUGUUCGGCCAGCUCCACGAGCUGAAGAAGAGGCCGGAGCCACGCCUAGCGCAGACUGCGAGCUAUGCUUAUGAAGCUUUGAGAGGAGUUCCGGAUAACGAUGGGCCAUGGCAGGCCAUAGGAAGGACUGCAGCCGAUUUGGUGACUGCUUUGGCAACUGUGGCAGGUACUAUCACCAAGCUGGAUCCGACAGGCUUGCUGGACGCGGCUCCAAUUGUGAUCCAGCUUCUGAGCGCCUUCAAGACCCUGGUCGACAACGGAAAACAAAUGUGUGAAGAGGCGCAAAGCCUGAAGCAGGCAUUCGUGCACACGGUCAGAGGCUUGACGAAACCGCGACAAUGGUAUACCGCGGUCCGCUAUUGUCGGUUGUUUCUUGAGGCAGGAGCAUUCGACAUGUUGAAACAGAUCUUGCCGGAGCUUCCUGACUAUAAAGGGCUUUUUUGGUGUGGGUUGUAUGCACAGCUCGAACAAACGUGGGUGGGAAACGACAAAUUGCGACAUGGAAUUGGGGAGUUUAUCGAAUGGAUGCAUAGCCAAGAGACCUUGAACAAAGCCUUGCAUGACCAUGAAGAGCUCGUACAGUGGAGGAACAUGGUUGCUGGUACCAUGCAGAAGCCUCACUGGGUUGUCUCUCCUUCCAAGUCGCAUCGACGCCAUCCUCUUAAGUUCUGGAAGAAAAAGCAAGACAACCCGAGCUUGAUGGAAGCAUUCUGCUAUCAGACGAAUGUUCUGCAGGGUCUUUCAUGUCGUCUCCUUUCCACGGCAUGGCAGGGCUGCCACAAGGCACACAAUUACUAUGCUGACUCUCAGCUCGUGCACUAUUACACCCAAAGCGAUCGGUUGCAGAUUCGACGAAUUUCCGGGGUCUGCCUCGACCUCGAAGACUGCUAUAUCAACCUGAGCAUCGUGAACAGCGCCGAACAAUCAGGCCAGCGCCGUGGAGAGCUUGAACUUCCCCUGAAGGCGCGGCUGGGGGUCGACACACCCGCUUCAGAAGGGAUCAAACUUCCCAAUCUGUUUCAACAACGUGUUGCCCGGUCCGACUACAAUGGGCGGCCUCGAAGGAUGUUAAUCCGCGGCCGUGCUGGGGUUGGUAAGACCACUCUCUGCAAGAAGAUCGUGUCGGACUUUUACCAUGGCAAGCUGUGGUCGGGCAAAUUCGAUCGCAUCAUUUGGAUCCCCCUGCGCAAGUUGAAGGCGCAUGCGACACUGGAGGGCUUUUUCGAACAGGAGUUCUUUUCCGCCGCUCAGGAUGAAGCGCUUUACGCGAGAGCACUCCGGGCGCUAAUCUUUGAUGACAGCAACAAGGAUCGUACUCUUCUCCUGCUGGACGGGUUUGACGAGGUGGUGGGUGAGAUGAACCCCGGCGGACGCCUUGUCGAGACAUCCCAAUUCAACCGACUCUUCAAGCAUCAGAACACCAUCAUGACAACACGCCCUUACGCCGCCCUGGCCCAUGUUGAUGAGUUCGAUCUGCAACUGGAGACGACUGGAUUUCGCACGCAUGAGGUGCACGAUUAUGUAGCUCGGGUGGUUAAGGACGAGACUCAUCAGAACGAAAUCCGUAACUUCAUCAAGGGCCACUCGGCAGAUCUCCUUCGCAUCCCUAUUCAGCUGGACAUCUUAUGUUCUACCUGGGGAGACGGAAUCCCGAUGGAUGUGCAGGUGGGGACCAUGACGGCACUGUACCAGGCCAUCGAGAUCAAACUGUGGUGUAGGGACAUGGCUUCAUCCAGGAACAUGGAUGACAGCCGAGCCGGGAAAUAUCGAUUGCGGCGGCAGAUUGAGCAGGAGAUGGGCAAUGAGAUGAAGUUUCUUGAAUCGCUGGCCUUCAACGGGCUCUUCCACAAUGUCGUCGAGUUCCUUCCUCAGCACCGAGACUCGCUGUACACGCGCUUUCCCAACUGCAGCGACGACAAGCUCGAGAGACUCUCCUUCCUCCGAAGUCCAGACUCCGGCUCUUCCGUCUACUACUUUAUCCAUUUGACGUUCCAAGAAUUCUUUGCGGCCGCAUACUUUGUUCGUCGCUGGGCUGAGAAUAAGCCGUUGUAUAUUGCCGGAUUCGAUCAGGGUCAACCUAAGGGCCUCUCACUCAAUGAUUUCAUUCAACAAGCAAGAUACAAUGGCCGCUACAAUGUCAUGUGGCGGUUUGCUUCUGGGAUGCUGUCGGCUCAACCAGACCAGACCAAGCUGUGUGAAUUGCUGCAUGAGUUGGACGCGGAGCCUCGCGAUCUGCUCGGACCAGCACAUCUUAAUCUUAUAAUGCAUUGCUUUCAUGAAGUGGUUGUGAAAAGAGACUUUCCUGAUGGUCCUGGCCUGGAUCGUAUGGUCGUAGUAAGGGAUGGUCUUGACCUCAUGCGGUCCAAACUGGAAGCCUUGUUAUCUACGCUCCCUGGCGACUCAGGAGGCAUCCCAAUGAACAGGUUCUGUUCUCAGAUGGAGUUCCCGGAGUAUUUCCUGCAGGAGCGCCUUCAACACGAAUGGCCAGAAUUCCAACACUUCGUCUUGGAGAUAAUCGAAAAGAGGGACAGGAUAUCGCACGGCUUGCUGCAGAUCGUCUCGAGCAUUGCCAUGAAUCCAGAGAAUUGGAAAUUUUCAAGACGGGAUGCGUUUGGUGUCAUGGCAAAGCAUUCAGAAUCUGUGCAAGAAGAGAGCAAAAGGAUUCUAAAGCAUCUCGGCCCUCAGGUGCAUCAACUGUGGCUUGACGUGGUAUCAAUGCAUCGGGACUUGUCUGGCGAGACAGCCCUAGUGCUCUACAUGUUACCUUACUCACAAGCUCACACUACCCGUGCCAAUAAAUUACAGAUGGCAUUCCAAAAUGCAACCAUAUCCCAACCGACUUUGUUCAGUCUCCUCGUGGAUAAGCGGCCGUGGUUCAGAUCUCUCGCCGCUUACAAUCUGGAGCAACACACGGCCAUGUCCGAUGAGGGCUGGAAAAUAGUUCUGGAUCUGCUGACGGAUCCCAACGGAGCUGUCAGGUCCUCCACUGUUGAAGCCCUCUGUCGCACGCAUAACGACCUACCGCUGCCUAUUGUCGAGGCUGUAGCUUCUAUUCUCGUGGAGGGCAAAAAGGGCAAACGUAAAGAAACCCGAGAAAAUGCGGCGAGAUGCCUUCGAAAUCAGAAUCGAUUGUCAGCAGAGAUACUCGCGGUAAUCGAAGGCUGCAUACUAGAUGAUAGACUCGCACGAGAAGUCGAGUACGCUGCUGUUAAAGCUCUCUGUUUCCAUGGCCCCAUGUCAACAGAAAUAAAGACUCGUCUAGAAUCUAUCAUCCGAGCCUCGGGCCAGCCCCUGCCAAGGGCCAUAAAGCCAAAGGCCGUAAAGCUAUUGUCCCGCUAUUCGACCUACGCUGACGAUUUACUGAACUCAUUGAGGUCCGUCCCUGCAGGGGUUAAGCUGCAAGUCCCUCCCCAAGCGGUAUUCUUCUUUGACAGGUUUACAAGUCUCCCGGUAGGCCUCCUUCAAUGCAUUGUGCCUUAUCUGGAAAGUCGGAGGACCACAUAUGCGGCAGCGAACGUCAUUAGGGCUCAGAAAGAGCUUCACCCUUGCAUAUUCAAGGACCUCACUCGCCUGUUGCAGCAUGACAAGGAGCAAGUCAGGGCAAAUGCAGCUUACGCCCUCGCAAGCUCUUUAACCGUCCCCAGAGAAUGCGUCGAGGCCCUCCGUUCGGCCCUCCUCUCGCUUCUAAAUGGAGGGUCCGACGGGACCAGAGCCCACGCGGUCAGGGCAUUGGGGAACUGCUGGGAUAUGUCUGAUUACGAAAGCUUUCUGGAGUUGCUACUUCCUUUUCUGUCUUCUGACCAUUGGGGCCUGGGAGCGGCGUUAACAGACGCCUUGCUCAAAGUCACUCAGUUGCCGCUCCAUAUCCUCCAAGCAAUAGUCUCCCGCCUGUUCAGUUUCAGCGGUAUCGGCAGUGUCUCGCUGACGGCCGUCCUGAAAGCGCAAGCCACCCUCCCAGAAGCCGUGCUCAAAUCACUUCUAGAGUAUUUUGAGAAGAGGAGAGACCCAGCAUGGGGAGUGCUAGAGACCCGGGAAGAGUUCUUCCACAUGAUCCCGCAUCUCAAGCAGGUGUAUCUAGUGGCGCUAUUCAAAGCGCUUAUAUACGAGGCCUUUGACCCAGAGGGCACACCCAUUUAUUGCUACUUCCAGGAAAACACGCUCUUCAUCAACCUCCCCGCGCGGCUAUGGGAAGUGCCCAUGAAGAGUGCCGAGAACAAGGAAAGAGCUCUAGAGGCAUUGAGGGUAGCACGGCGGACUAUCUUCAUCGAGCCGCCUGCCGAGUCAUGUUAUCGUUUGCGGAUGGGCUUUGCCGGCUGCGGGUCCGGUAUCAUGCUUUGA